AUGUCGAAUAUGAGUGAACAACAUAGUAUCCUCCUUUUUGGACUAACCGGGCAUGGAAAGUCGUCUAUUGCUAACAUGCUGAUUCAAGGUGACAUACAUCAUGACGUCAAUAAGUUUGUAAUUAAUAACGCUGCGGUUGGCGAGAGUUUUCAGAUAGAAUGUAGCAUUAAUGAUGAAUUUAUAGUUUACGAUACGGUUGGAAUAGGUGAACCAGAAACUGGAAAAGUUCCGCAUAAGAAGGCUGUCAAAAUGAUAAGAGAUUAUUUUACUACUUGUCAAUUGCCGUUAAAUUACAUAGCCUUCGUUAAAAAGAAAGGUAGAUGUACAGAAGAAGAAUGUAAAAUGUUCAAAUUAUUUAAAGAGAUAUUUGAAGGGAGUGAAAAUAAUUUCAUCAUCAUUAUCACUCAUAGUGUAACUAAAGUUGGCAAUGAAGUUGUUAAGGAAAUAGUAACUAAAGUUGGUUUAGCUUGUGCAA